CCCCCCCUACUCUUGUUGAACACACAGCGCCCGAAAGCACCGCUCCUAAAACACCCCCGCCCAGCUCCCCGGCCUCCCCUUCACCCCCAUAAAGGGGGAUUGCCAUGGCGGGGAGCGCCCGGGAGCCAUUUUGUGCGCGGGGCUGCCCCAGCCCGCACCGCCCAGCGGCCGGGGAGGCGGCCAGACGGCGGCCGGGGCGCCGCGGGGGGGAGGCGGGCGCUUGCCGGUGACCGCUGGGGCUGUGGGGGCGGGUAGAGGAGGAGAAGCAGGAGGAGGAGGAGGAGGCGGGUCCAGGCGUCCCAGCCCAGCCCAGCGCCUUGCCCCGGCCGGACACGGCGCCCGGGGCGGAGAUGGCGGACGAGGCGCAGAAGAAGCCGCACUUGUCGGCGCUGGUGGGGCACACCAACGGGCUCACCAAGCUCGCCGCCACCGCCAGCAGCAACAGCCGGGGAGGGGGGGGAGGAGGAGGAGGAGGAGGCUCCGCCACCACCGCCCCGUCCAAGAAACUGGUCAUCAAGAACUUCAGAGAAAGGCCCAAGCUGCCCGAUAACUACACGCAGGACACCUGGCAGAAACUUCACGACGCCGUGGGGGCCAUCCAGAGCAGCGUUUCCAUCCGCUACAACCUCGAGGAGCUCUACCAGGUAACACCCGUGAGGUGGUUUUCUUAUGGGGGGGGGGGGGGGUGUUUCGUCUGCGAAUGUGGAUCUCACUGCAAGAUCAGGACUUAA